AUGGAGAAGCCAAACUCAAGUAAUUGGAUUAAUACAGAAGAUGAAACUCAAGAUUAUGAAGAUGAUUUUAUUGGUGAGACACCACCGGUAAUUAAUAAUAUUAGUGACGAAUCCGGAAAAGAAGACAUGCCAAAGCCAAGUCCUAAGAAACGAAAAAGGAAUGGAGGCGUGCCAAAACCAAUUACUAGCAAACGAGAUAGAGCAAGGAAUAAUGGUAAAGGAACGGCUCCUUGUUGGGUAGCGUUCGAGCUGGUGUUGAUUGUAGAGGAUGAUGGUGUUGAAAGGAAAAGUGUGGAAUGUAUUCAUUGUCAUACAAUACUUAAAGCCGAUACGGACCGAAAUGGGACUUCUAAUAUGAACAAACAUUGGAGGAAUUGCAAGUUAAACCCGGAAAACAAAGAAAAAAAUGAUAAAAAGCAAGCCAAAUUGAAUUUUAAGAAGGAACCAAAUGGUGAGACUAGUGUACAAACAUGGAAACAUGAUGACACUAGGAUCAAACGAGCAUUACUAGGCCUUUUUACCGUUGGUGAACUACCAUUCAAGUAUGAUGAAAAUGAAGCAUUUAUUGAAUAUACUAACGCGCUUAAUGGUAGGGUGAUCUUGCCUUCUAGACAUAAAAUUUCCCGAGACGUAGGCAAGUUUUACUUAGAUGAGAGGAAUAAAUUGCUCAAGUAUUUCAGUAAUGCAAACACCGCUGUACACUUGACAACCGACACUUGGACAUCCUCUUGUAAAAAGGUCAAUUACAUGGUUGUCACGGCCCAUUUUAUUGAUGACGAGUGGGUCAUGCAUAAGAGAGUCAUCAAUUUUAGGGAGAUAGAUACACAUAAAGAAAAAUCGUAUGAGAAGGAUCUACAAAGAGUACCAGAUCGUUUGGAUUUCGAGGCGAUAAAAGAGAUGGUGGAUUUCCUUGAAAAGUUUAAGACGAAAACGGAGAACGUUUCGGCUUCAACAAAACCUUUAGUCCAUCGAUUAAUCCGGGAAAUCUUAGAUGUGAAUCCACAUCUUAAAAAAUGGUCAACCAAAGUCAACUUUGUUCAUUUGAUACCCGACAUGAAGGACAAAUAUGACAAAUAUUGGGGCGACUAUGCAAAGAUGAGUGAUUAUGUUUACUUUGCGAUUUUGCUAGAUCCUACAAUGAAGUCUCAAUUAUUGUUGUAUACUUUUAAAGAAAUGAUUGGUUCCAAGAAUGAAAAGUUAUCAAAAUCGGAGAUAGAAUUGAAAGCAUAUGAAAUGCUUUAUGAGGUCGAGAGGAAGAUUGAGAAUUUUUUUAAAACCUACGUGGAAAAAUACGACAUGGGCGGGUCUUCUCAACAACAAAGUUCUCAACAAGUCGUUGAUUGUGAUGAUGAUAACGACUUUUUUGGCAACUUCCUUAAUAGUGGAGGUGACAACUCGGAUGCGUUGGAAAAUGAAUUAAUUAUAUAUUUGAAAGAGCCCCUGGUUACGUACAACAAAAGUUUUGAUAUCCUAAGUUGGUGGAAACUUAACGGGUUAAGAUUCCCGAUAGUUGCUCGAAUGGCAAAAGGCUUUCAUAUCAAAUUAAUUGAAAGCCUAACCCAGCCAAGCCUCAAUCGGCCCUCCUCUCCGGCGACAGUAGUCCUUCAUUGGCGCUUCCCCUCCAUCGAGAGCUUCCUAUCGGCUCUCUCUCUUCGGCUGCAUCCUAAAAGAUUUUGGCACACAAUGGGAUGGAAAGCAGCUCAGAAGCUCAUACAUCACUGGAAGAUUCUGAGAGGCGAUAAUGUAAUGAUUAUUAGGGGAAAAGACAGGGGGGAAACUGGAACUAUUAAACGGGUCAUUCGCUCUCAAAAUCGUGUUAUUGUCGAGGGAAAAAACUUGGUAAAGAAGCAUAUAAAGCAAGGGCAAGGGCAUGAAGGUGGAAUUUUCACUGUAGAAGCCCCUCUACAUGUCUCAAAUGUUCAAAUAGUCGAUCCCGUGACAAAGCAGCCAUGUAAGGUUGGGAUAAGGUAUCAAGAAGAUGGUAGUAAAGUAAGAGUUUCAAGAGGUAUAGGGGCAUCAGGGUCAAUUAUCCCCCGCCCCGAGAUUUUGAAAAUUAGGGCUACCCCACGCCCAACAAUCGCUGGCCCGAAGGAUACUCCUAUGGAGCUGGUGUUGGAGAAGACUUUUGAUGCUAAAACAGGAAAGGGGAUGCCGGAUCUUUAAUUAGCUUCUACUCUUCUUUUUCUUUCAUAAUAUGCCAUUUUUAGGUGGAUAUUUUGUGUUUUUUUGUUGGUUUUUUCGACAAAUUCUCUUCAAAGAUACGAACGAGUUCAUGGUUUAUGAGAUGUUUGUUUGAGAAUUAAGUCAUACGUGAUUGUUUAUUUUCUGAAA